AUGGCAAGCAACAAACGUAAGGAAAACGCGGUAUUUAAUAUUUGCGGCGCUGGAAUAUUUCUUUUGUACAUCACCGGUUUCUUUCUCAGUUUGGGCUUGUAAGUUUUUUCUUUCAUACUAUAUAAUUUUCUCAUCGAAUCUGCAUGACUUCUAGCUCACAAUUCACCUCAUACACCCGACUUUUUUCAGGUUAAUCUACAUCCAAAUUAACGGUUAUUACAAGGACUUGGACGAUAUCCCCGGACUGGAUGAAAGACUUUUGGCAAGAAAUCCUUUGAUCAGAACUAUCACCUACAAUUAUGAGAUGGUUAUGGGAGAUGUAUACAUGAGCGGAGAUAGGGAAACAUCCGAAUUAUUGAAGAAACACAAAACUCGGAUAACUUCUUUAGCAGCCGUUGCGUUGACUUCGAAUUUGAAAGCGUUGGUGUCUGAUGUAGAGCAAAACAAUGGAAAUUGCAACGCAAUGUGUAAUCGUAGGUUUAGAAUUCGUUUUCUGUCAUCUUAAGACUUCAUUUUCUAAAUUUUACUGCUUCAGACUUCAAUGUUGUCUACAACGUUGCGGCCGGCCAUCUUCACAUGAAAGGUUACAUCUAUUUCCCAGAGGCCAUGAAACAACUGAAAGCUCCAUUGAAGAAGAUUAUUGCUGAAACUGUAAAGAACAUUCAACGUAAUGAUGCUCUCAAGUCUGUUGAAGAACUCCACAAUGCAGAAAUCAUUCAGCCAGUUUAUGAUUUUUUCGUUGAAUAA